GGUAUUGAAAAGCGGGGAGCAGGAAGGCGUUCGUAAGGCUUCUCUCCCACAGCUUGGCUUGUGUGUGCAGUGUUAUUUGUCACACAUAUAUACAUAUAAACACACACACACACACACACACACACAAUAUAUAUACUUACAAAGGGAGUCAAGUUAAUCUAUACGCACUUUUUCCUCCUGAUUUUCUUGCUAUGGUUGCCUGUAGCCAGACUCAAGGAAAGACACAGAGCCUGGAGGAGGGAAAAGAGAGAGAGAGAGAGGAAUAGAGAGAGAGAGAGAGAGUGUUGAUCUGCAGCCCCCAGCCUUCCCUCUGUUGCUGCUACAGUACGUGUGGAAGGCGGAGUGAGGGAGAGAGAGGUGGCAGAGGCAGAGCUGGUGUUUGUCUCUGACACUCAGAGGGGGAGAAGAGGAGAACGCUGCGAGCCGUACGGUGAAGAGCAGAGCCAGCCGCUUCCUCUGUCAUGUGUCCAGUGUGAGUGAGUGAAUUGGUCCAGAACCCCUGCGUGCCACUACCGCUGUCUGAGCAUCCCCGCACCACCCAGCCUCUGACACCAGCCGCACAAACAGGUGAGUCUUUAUAACCUCAUAAUCAACUCCCCACAGAGCUGUGCUUCAACCUGUCGCUUUGAUACGAUUAUAUGCCUUUACGAUAAGAAUCCAUCAUGAAUAUCCUAAAUGUUUCUGCAUCUGUCAUUAGUUGUUUGUGGGUGUGGGUGUGAUGAAUUAGAAGGUGUGUUUUUACAUGUCAGUUACUUAGUGUGAAGGCUUGUUUAUCCUGAGAAUGACAGGUGAAAAAGACCACAGGGACUUGGGGAAAACUGCGCCUCUAAUAGGAGUUAAUCCGUCUGAUUUCACCCUGUUCCCCCUCCCAUGUGUGGACCCAUGUGUCAGUGAAGGAGAAAGUGGGUGGAGUGGGAACAGCUCUGUUUCUGUUAUCUCAGUCUUGUUUAGAAACAGAAACAGAGGGGGAAAAAAGCCACCUCAUAUGCUGCAGUUUUAGGCGGACUACAGUGUGUUUGUAGGAAUGCAGAUUUUGUUUGGGGAGGAAUUUGUCGGGGAAAUCUGCAGGUGUUUACAUUUGAGAUUUAAACUGCUUUUCUUGAGCUUAGUGUGAGCCUUUUGUCUCGACUGCGCAUGAGAACUACUGCAUCCAUCCCCGAGUUACUGUGGCACUGACAGGAGGCGAUUCCUGUUGUAUAAGAUUGUAACAGAAAUGGCAGUUUGAUGUCAAAUGUGUUACAUAAAGGGGUUUCCAACAUACAGGAGCAGGUCAAAAAUAGACCUGGCGUCAGAUCAUUGAUGUAGGUAAUGAGCGAGAUUGAAUGUGGAUCUUUUUUUUCCUGUGAUUUUAUUUUGUUUUCUGAGCAGAUUUAGUUUUUUUUUGCUCUUUAAAAUCUAAAAAAAUCACAUCAUAGCUUUUUCUCGUAUAAAAUGGUUUUAUAAAACGCAGCGCCCGCUCCUCCAUGUCAGUUAUACCACUUGUCGCCUGUACUGUACACAUGUAAUUUGUGCGUAAUGGCAGCCCAUUAGUGUUUACUGCGGGGAAUAAGCAGCAGGUUGGUCUAGAAAAAUUUGAUUCAGUGCGCCACUUGUUGAAUCCACUUUGCUUCUUUUGAAGUUUUGUCUGUGAAGUGGCUGUAAAUCUGCCACGGCUUACUUCAAGCCUGUACCAUUUUGGGUACAGAGAGGACAGAGAAAUACAACGCUUGGAAUUUGACCGUAUGGCUGAAUGAGAUUUCACAGGGAGUCGUUGUCACUGUCGAGAUGGUUCAGACCCCUGAGCCAUGGCAGGGAUCUUAGCUGCCAUUGAGCAGGAGAAAAGCCCCUCUGUGUUAGUCUUCCUUGCUGUGGAUGCUGCUGUUUGUUUCCCUGUGACUGUCAAUCUGUCACCGAGUGUGAUGUAGAGGAAUCAGCCGCAGCUCCCCAUUGACCCUGCCACAUCCCUUUAUCACCCAUCGCUCAAUAGAUGUUCUCCCUGCGCCCUCUAUCUCUCCAUCCCUCCAUCCCUCCAUCCAUCUAUCCAUCCAUCCCUUCAUGUUUCUCCCACUGGGCUUCAAAUGUUUGUCUCUCCACUUUCACAGAGCGCCUCCCUCCCUGCCUCCACCCCCCCUCCGCGCUGGUCGCCACAGAAACGGCUGAUUCAGGAAGGGUGGGCGGGUGUCUCAGAGCUCUCGCUGCUCUGCCCCAUGCGGUGCUUUCACAGUACAUUUCUGCUUCUGUGCUGCUUUUACGGCCCUGAUAUGCUGACAGUUCAGGUGGCCCAGUCAGAUGUUACACAAUCGCAUCAACUCCACAAAAGGCUGUUUCUGUUCACUUCCCUCAAAGGACGUGUUUGCUAUUUAGAGUUACAUUACUAUUCAUGUUCACUUUUAUUUCAGAGCAAAACACAGGGAAACUCUUCAUCGCUGUGUGGCUGUGUUUUUUUAAUAUUUAUUUAUUUCAUUUUUGUGGUGUUGUUGUGCAGUGAAUAUUAUGUGUCUGACGCAAAUGGCUGUCCUGCUCAUUAAUAGUUUGGCGACUGCAGGCCUUUUUUUUUUUUUUUUUUCUGCUGUGUGUCAAAAUACUACGCUGUGUCGAUUAAUAAUAAAACACACCAUGACCAAGACAUUUAAUAAUAGAUAUGCCAUGACCUUUCUCUUACAUAAGGUUUAUAGAGCAGAGAAAAAGGGAUUUAGCACAGGAUUGAAAUUAACUGAAUAGAUCGGUAAAUAAAAAACCUCCUCUCAACUGUUUAUUUUAGGACACCUCCCACUCAAAAAAACAGCGAGUGCCAGAUUUGAUCCUGUAAUUGCGGAUGAAAUGGCUUCUUUCCUCCUUUAUUUCUUUUUUUUUUUUUUUUUUUGAGGUUGUUUUAUCCAUUCGGUGGCAUUUUUAAGAAAAAAAAAUCUGUGGUUGCCAUGGUGAUAGUUUGUACAGUAGCUAAAAACACCAUCUUAAAGAGAUGCUCUGAACAGGAAAUGAAAUCUGUGUCGCACCACAGUCAAUUCCGAGCAAGGACCCCAUGAGCUCGUGCUGCUGUGCCUGAUUAAAUUAAAAUGGGAAUUUGUAUUCACCAAGGAGGUAAAGAUGAAGACCUGCGCUGUUGAAAAUGUUGUGCUUUCAGUAAUUUUGUUGUUGUUGUACAAGCACACCAUCGACCACAAAGUCAAUUCCUUCCUACCGUGGUAAAAACUGCAAAAACUUUUGUUCAAGUUAGUCACUUUGUUCAGCAGAAAACAGGGUUUAGUGAGUGCUGUCAGUUUUCAGUUUUGUCUGUUUCGCCAUCUCAUCUUGUUUACAGUAAAUAUCUUCAAAUAUGAUUUUUUCCUUGCUUGAUUUUUGAGCACUCAAAAGCUCUAAAUGUAAACAUGCUGCAGGGUUUUUUUCUCCCUGCAGUGUUCAGCCAUUACAGUCAGCGGUGACGCAGCCUGAGACUCACACAGCACACUGCAGACCAGUCACAAGACCGAGCCAGAACAAAGAGCCCACACUGUCAUCUAAGAGACAAAUCUCAACAUGGAUGAUCACAAAGAUGAAGCUUUUUUUUACAAAACAUCACAGGAGUGUAGCUCAGGAGACCCCGGGUGACUUAUCCGACUUCGAUUAAAGAAAUUGUCUCAGGUACUAGAGUGGUACUGAGCACUACAGCCGGAACACACUUAGACUACUUUGAUUUACGACUGUGUAAUUGUACAGACUCUUCCAUGAGGUUAUAAAUGUGAGGGGAGGAGAUCUUAGUUGAUGACAUGAAAACUUAAACCCAAAAGGUAAGUUUAUAAAAGAAGAAAACACCUAGUUUCACAUUCAAAAUCAAAGAAAUUUGGUUUAACUUCGAAUUUUAAAUGAAGCAAAAGGAAAUUUUGGAGCAGCAAAUGUAGAUUAAUUCUGUUUCAGCCUUUAUAAAACUAUUAAGCCAAGUCAGUAAUUAAGUGGAAUACAUGCUAGAUUUAAAACCAGGCUAACACCACUUACUCGAGUAAAACAUGAGCAAGAAUUUAGAGUAUGACUCCACCCAAGCUUGGAAAUGAAGGUAAAAAGCGCCUGUUUUCUUUUAAAGUUCAUUUUCAUGCAUUUGUACAGAGUAAGACUUUCAAAUGGUAAAUUUUUGAGCAUUUUAGAAAAGCAGAUCAAAACACCAAGCUGUAAACUGGUCAUGGUUCAAAAACUAACAUUUGUAAUGCUUUAAGCUUCUUUAACAAGCUCCAAAAACACCUUCUCCAAAGUGAAAGCUGUCAAAUUUUAGAGCCAAAAACUACGACUACAUUUUACUCAUGAAUUACAGAUGAAAUCAAUACAACACAGGGUUUUUUAGGACCCUUUCUCACCUCAUUAUAACACGUCUCAGAUGGGAGAAGCUCCUGACUCCCUGCCCACCUGUCACAUAAAAUUUAAAAAACAGCUUUGAAAAGCUGAUUUGUCAGCAGAGUGUGUGACACGCCAUCAUAAACCACACGAGCUGCAGCAGAGAGCACUCAAACACGUUUGUGAAUCACAACAGGCGAAUUAAAAGUGUCUCAGAAAGACAUACUGUGAGAGGGCAGAACAGCUGCAGAUAUCGGCUGUAACACUGUCUGCCAGAAAAACACGCUGAAUUACAGUAAUAAUAAAAGUAAAUAACAACACAACUUUCUACUAUACUCUCAACUAUGUAGAUGAUUCUCCAACAUCUGUGGCCCACCAUAAACAAACACCAUAACACCAUCAAACCAACAAUAAACUGAUCCUCUCACAUGUACUUCCUAUUGAGCCGAAGCCUGUUGCAGAUUCGUCCCCGGUGCCAGACCUCCAUUGUCCCAAAAAAGCACAUCAAUGAGCCACAUCACUGCACACCAUUGAUGUUUCCUGCAUUACCCUGAUCACAGGAAGUGUGGGCUUUUUUCGUUCUUUUUUUUUUUUUUUUUGGUCAAUCCCACAUGCACAGACGUGCUACAGGAAGAGCUCACUCGAGCAUCAAAUCUGAGGCUUAAAAUAGCCGCCAAACUAACUCGGAAUUUACUCCUCAUGUAUUCCUCCAGGGUUCAUUAAAAGCAUGGCCAGCUGUUUCAGGAAUGGAGUAACCUUUUCUAUUUUUGAAACAGACAUAUCGGUGACCUCCUUUUGUUCUUCGGACAGAGAAACAGACUAAUCAUCCUCUUUUGCAUACAAACUACUGAAAUUUUCAGGAAAUCUUCAGGAGCUCUGCCCCUAGAGGGGUUUCAAGUUGCUUGAUCACACAUGUCCUUCACAGUCUUUGCUUUCAGAUGAGGAGGAUGGUGGGUGGGCAGACAGACGUAUGCUGCACAAGACACAGAGAUAUAUUCACAACGUGAUGACAGGUUUUGUCUUAAUAUCUAUGACAUCUUUGCUGUAGUUUCUUGAAAACGAUUCCUCUUCUUUAACCACGGAUGUUUUUAUUAUUUAAUGUGCACACACUACUUUUAUGAAAUAAACAUUAUAUCCCUGCCUGCUCACUUGCUCGCUAGCUUGGUUUUCUUCAAUAUUUCCUGCUGUGUUCUUGUGUCAAAUCAAUCGACUUGACACUAAAGUUUGACUUGGGAGCUGGCAAGAAAAUCAGGUGUAAAUUUGGGAUGUAAAUGUUAAUGAAGCCCAAACCAAAAGUUUUUAUCAUUUCUCUACAUAUGUGAACACAGCUUUAAUGUUUGCUCUUUUUUAGUUUGGACUUUGAUUAAAAACGUAGAAUAUCAUCACUUUUGUCUUCCAAAAUUCACAAUUUGUAAGACAACCUUGGGCUGAGCAGUAUGCUGCAGAAACAAAGACGGUUAAAUUUGAUUUUGAAUGAAUCUUUACAAGACCAUUUUUGGUGAGUUUUAUAUGUACUGAAUAAAUAUGCACCUUUAUAAAGAAAUAAGUGUACCUCACGUGUGCAGUAGAUAAGUUUUUUACUGAUAUGUGCAUAAAAUGAAUAAAAUAUCGGACUUUUAUGCACAAAUGAAAAUGAUUUUUAAAUAUGAGUAGAGGAACCCAUGCAGUGAGAUUGAUCUCUUUUCCUUUGGACAAAGGAUUAAUGACUAUCGAGUGUGUCUUCCUUUAUUGACUCUCCUCUUCCUGCACUCAGCAGCCACCAAGAUUGAUCUCUCUAAUAAGUUGGUGCUGUCUUUUAACUGAACUAUUCUGGUGAAGGAUUAGCUAAUGAUAACAGAGACGUAACCACAAGUAAUUAAUGUAGAUAAUGUCGAAGCAAUACAAACAGUCCAAAAACACUAAAAAAUGAUGCUCCAGUAACGUUUUUUGGAUGAAAUAUUUGAGGUGAAGACAAAUUAUUUGACCUCCUCGCAGAGUGAAAAGUGAAUAUUUAGCCUCCAACCAGUCUUAACACAAUCAGGCUCCUCUUAAAGUGGAUCCAGGAUGAAUCCCCGCGGCUGGCUGCUGUCUGAUGACUAAUGUUCUCCCAAGUGUCGUAUUAGAGCCUCUUAAUUGGCGAGAAUAAACCAAUCAUUAUCUUGCUCAUUAAAGCUUAUUGUGGUGCUGAGACCGCUGUGACGCCAUCGUAGCAAACUCCUGUUAACCUUCCCAAAGCUGAAAUGUGGUUCGUGUCUCAUCUGUGACAGCAUUCCGGCUCACUUUGGAUCUUUAAAGAUUCCUCUACACUUAGAGUGCGGGUAUUUCUGCGCUAACCUCACUCUCCUGGCCAAAAAGUCCCAUCUGGACCUGCUCUGCCCGCCAUCUGCUUCCUUGCUCUCUUGUUGAUCUGUCCCUUGAAACAGAUGUGAGGCUUCGAGUUCAAAACGGCAUCCACAAAGCCGAAGAAGCGAGGAGGUAAAGUGGAUAAAUAGAGGAGGAGGCUGAGAGACAUCGAGAUUUAUGGAGGGUUUGAACCUGAUUCACCACAGCGCCUUUCUUUUUAGCGCCGUGUGUCUCAGCAGUUUCCACCCAAUCUCUGUGUAUCCUGGAAAGUGCUGACUGCCUGACGAUGGGGAUCACUAACAGAACAAUAUGCAGUUUGUGCUUAGUCAGAAGACUGUUUCCAUUUAAAUUAAAAGUUAAACCCAGAGAGGGAGAGAGAGAAACAGGGACAUACACAGCGCUGCCAUCAUGAUGCAGGUGUAUGGAUUAUGUCCCAGUGAAAGUGACAGCGUAAUGUUAAUGCCGCUGCUGCCGGUGUUGUUGGUUGUCGAUUGCGGCCCUAGUUUGGCCUCGCUGACUGAUGCGAGGGACGUUAACUCAGGGGGAAUCAUCCAUGGUGCUGCUGUGCCCUGAGGUUUAGCACUCACUCCAUCCUCAUACUAAUGGCAUCAUUACCGGGCUUCUGAAAUAGCACUUUCCUACACAUCAAAUGUGAACAUACACACACAGAAAAAAACCAUUAACCACUCACAUGCACUCGUAAAAAUGCUCAGAUGCUCCGAAAAUAACCCCAAAAACAUACUUAUCGGACAACAACCCAAAAUAACUGACCAGUAUCCAAACAAAGGAAAGUACGAUGCUGCCUCCUCUCUUUUACAUUCGUAUUCAGUAAACACAGUAUGCAGAAAAGAGUAUAAUUUUCUGCCUGAGUGCUGAAUAUCUACACAAUAAAUCCCACACUUUCCCUCUAAAAGAUCUUCACCCUACAUAUAUCGAGAUAACUGGGAUGAUAUGAAAGGAUGGAGGAACUAGCACAACAUGUACCUGCCAAAUAGGACACCCUUCCAAACAGGGUCAUUUCGAAGCGAUGUUAUUAUUUCACACAUUUUAAAGAGUCUUCGCAGCCUCGUCUUCUUGUAUAAAUUAAACUCAAGGUUGAAUACUUGAAUCUUUCAUGAAUUUUGAUCAACUUCACGAUAUGGCUGAUGUGACAAGAGACUCUUUCAAUUACUGUGACAGGAAACAAAACAAUUCCAGGCAUAUUUUAAACCACCAUCUUUCCUUGGCGCGUUCUUCUCCUCAAACAGUCCAGUGGGAUUAGCUGCAGCUUCCAACUGCUAAAUAAGAAUUCUUGCUUAUCGACCAGCUGAUAUCUUUAAACUGAUUACCAAGCAUGCACAGUCAAACAGGACAUAAACAAUGAGGAUCAUGUAUUCUCAGACAUCACCAAUCAAUACGAACACAAAAGUCUGCAGAUCUUUGAAAGAUUUGAUGUAGUCUUCAUGGGAAAAGCCACGGAGGAAAUUCAUACUUUCCCUCUUCUUCCUCUGAUCAAAGUGUUUUGAAAGAAAUGUGUAACAAGCAACAGCGUCACAAAAAGCGUAGACUCGCUCUCUCGAUUCGUAGACUUAUUUCAUGUAACCAGCCCCCUUGCAUAUCUUUAUUACACGGGAUAAUCAUAGGGUUAGUUUUCUAACUCACCACAGGUAUUAUUAGAAGAAAAAGCACACUCUGGGUCGCAGCUUCAACUUGGCACAGACGCAAAUUUACGACAGCUGCACGUUUUUUGUUAUCCUCGCGAAGGUCUGCUGCGUCUCUCGGCAACUCUCGGACGGAUACGGAUGGUGCGUUUAGGAGCGUUGGGAUUUUCGAGACGACUGAAAAUUACGGUGGCCAAGAACUGCCACUGCUGCAAAUAAAAAAAAAUUAAAAAUUAACAUUAAAAAAUUGAAAAUAAAAAUUAAUAAUAAUAAAAAAAGAAACCGUGCAGAUAAUUUUUAAAAAAAGCCACAACGGAAGUUAAUGACGCAAAAAAAAGUGGCAAUGCAAAAAAAAAAAUUAAAUAAAUAAAUAAUAAUAAUAAUAAAAUAAAAAAUAAAAAAGUUUCUUACUGUGAAAAUAAAAGCCACAACGGAAGUGAGCUGCCCGGGACCAACAAUGAUGAUGCACCAGUGUUUUACGAUCUAGAGAGGGAAGGAUUUGUGUGUGGUGGAUACAAAACGACCCUUGACAAAAAGUGUGUGUGUGUGUGUGUGUCCUCCUAAACUGACACCUAUGGUAACAAGCUGUUAAAUAUUUGGGUCUGUAGAUACACAUGGAGCAGCAACAGAACUUAGAAAUAUUGACAAAGCCAUUUGUCAGCAAAAUGGUUUGAAAACGACUAUCAGUGCAAAUCAAAAAGGCUUAAGACCAAGUUUAUUCUCCUACAUUGUAACAUAGUGAGUGCCUGUGGUUGUGCAAAAUACAAAGAAACCAGAAUAAAGACAAAAUAAAGUUUAAAGUGCAGACGUAACCCUUUGCUUCUCCCUUUAAGCUCCCCUGAAAGAAUUCUUGUUGUUUGCCAAAUCCAAAAGGCAUUUUACCAUGAGGAGCAUUUUUAAAAAUGGCUGAACUUAAUCGAUUUUUCAGGUCAGAAAAAAGAAAUUAAAGUGCCAAGAUUUAUAAAUAAGCAGUUGGAAGGAAUCCCAAAUCAUCCUGAUACCUGGAUCCAAAUCUGGCUGUGGCCUCUGCUAUGUGGUUUUUGUAUAUUUCUAAAUCUCUCUGUUUCUGAGCAGCUCUCAAAACCAAAUAUUGAUUUCAGACAAAGAUCUUGGAAUAAUAAAAACCGUAGAAUUUUAUGAUUUGGUUUACCACGUUUAUUUGACUUGACUAAAAUGUUGUACACAUUUGACGGUCUCUUACUGCCACAAUACCAUGAUAUUUAUCUCAAGCUACCUGUGUUAAGUACUCUAAAAGUUGUUAGUUUGCCUCCUUUUAAAGGAAAGAUUAAGUCUAUAGUGGUUCUGGAAAUAGCCAUGACACUUUUUGAGUAGUCAAACCAAAGUCAGUACGCAGUCAUGCUAACAGAAAAUGCUGAUAUGAUGGUACUUAACAUGUUUAGUAUCUUAGUUUUGAAUUUUGGUACAUAUGCAAAGUUCAGAAGUAUAGUAUAAAACAAAGAAACUGUCAUCAUCCUUUUACUCUAACUAAAUUAAAUUUGUUUUUUCUGUUGGUUAAGGAUGGCAGCCUGAGCUCCACGUCCCUCUGACAGGCUUGUGUAAUGAGAUGAUAAAGGCAAAGCUGCUAGCUAUUCCUCCUCCCUUAUGAAAGCCACACUCACACUGGUGCAUUACUGUAUACUCAGAUACCUCAUAUUAACCGUUCCCCUCCACUGCUGCACCACCUGCCGCUCAUCAACCCCUUCAUCAUACAGAACAAGAUCCCUGUUAAUCCACUUGUCUCAGCUCGCUGCAUGCCAGCAGAGCUCCCUCUGCAGGGCUCAGCUGAUCCCUCAGGGACCUCCUGGAAGCAGAGAGUAUAAAAAGGUGCUCACUGCCUACACACUGCCUUUGUAACUCACCUCUCUGACUUUUUUUUUUUAUAAACACCGGCAUAUGUGCUCCUCACUUGUUUUAUUGCCAGGCACUUACAGAAGAUGCCCAGUCCAGGAAAGAAAUCAAAUACUUCUACUGGAGUAUUUGUCCCCUACGACAUCUAGACAGCUGGAGUAUGUAACCUUUUAUGACCCCUAUCCCAAAAAUGCUGGGACUCUAUUUUAAUUGGAAAUAGUGCUGAAACAACCGUAAAACCUGAAAAAUGUUUUCUAGAUCCAAAAAAGUUGGAACAGGAACUAUAAAAUAUGGAAAAAAAUGGUGAAAAUCCCAACCAAUGGUCCAUUUGCAGCAGGUUAGUAACAUGACUAAGUGUAAAAAAGGCAAUCCUAAUGAUCCAGUCCUUCACUUCUACUGUGGACUGACAAAUCAAAGCUUGCCAUUCUUCUUGGAAAUCAUGGACCAAAAGGGAGAAGGACCAAACCUCUUAUUUUUAGCUCACAGCUUAAAAGCCAGUAACUGUGAUCACAUAAGGAUGCAUAAGUACCAUUAAUCCUGUUAAUGCAGGUGUUUGGGCUGCCUUUACUACCAGACAGAUAAUGCUUUUUCAGGGGAGACCUCAUAUAUUUCAGCAAGAUGAUACCAAAACACGUUCUGCACCUAUAAAAACAUAUUUGCUUUGCAGUAGAGAAGUCUGGGUAAUAAACUGACCUGACUGCAGUCCUGACUUGUCACUCACUCAAAACAUUUGGCACAUCAUGAAAAGAAAAGUGUGAGAAAAGAGGCAAUGAAAGGUUGAGCAGCUGAAAUCCUUUACAGGGCAAGGACAGGACACUUCAUUUUCAGAGGUCUAAAGCCCGGUCUCAAGAAGAAAUGCCUGUCCCAACUUUUUAGAAACAUGUUUCUAUCACAUUUAAAAUGAGCGUAUACUCUUCAUAAAACAAUGAUAUUUUUCAGUUUGGGCAUGUUUUUUUUUUUUUUGCACUCUUUCUAAACAUCAAGCCCUUUCAAUGACCUUUAACAGGCAUCCAGACAACACAAAAACCCAAACUACAAAAUAGAGCUCAGUGUUGUUCGGGAACAAAUAAUUUACAGUAUUUUGGCUCUUACCCCACGCACAAAGGCAACAUCUUGUCACAUUUUACACCUCCACAAGUUAGGUUUACACCAAUUUUCACUGCUAAACAUCUCAUAUGAAAUAUUUCUAAUUUUAGUCCAAGACCCAAAGAAGCAAAAAUUUCUUAUGUUUUAUAACAAAAGGAAGAAUACAGAAAGGGAGAAAAUUUCAACAUAUUUUGGUAUCAGAAUAUAAUUCAUAUUCAAUAUACUUAUUUGUUUUUCACAUUUGAAGGGACCUCAACCUCCCAGUUGGAAACCAUUGAACUUUGCCAGAUUGUUUUAACAACCUUCACCAGAACAUUAAAAUGCUGCUUACACACUGUUGCAUCAGAGUUUACAAGUAUCUCAUGAGAAAACCUCAUAUUUAGUCUUUUUCUAAUGAUGAUAUUACAGUUAUAAGGUUUUUAUUAGAUUUCAGCAUCAGUUUAGGAUAUGAUAUGUUGUUGAAAAGGAUCUUCUUGCUUCACCUGAGACGUCUUGAUUUGAUUUGGGAAAACACUUGAGUGUAAACUUGUACCAUGUUUCUGUGUGUGCCCUCUCCUGCUGUGCUCACUCAGUCUCAGGCACAACAAAUCGUGCCCCCCUUCAUUUUAGGCUUGAUUUGUAUUUGUUUACUUGCUCCGCUCCCUGCUUGUACACCGAAAUGUUUUUCCUCCGAGUAUCUCUUUUCCGACGGGUUGUCCUGCUGAUGUCGACCCCUGAUGCCUGCCCUCUCAUGCGCCUCCACACAAAUGGGGGAGUUAUGGGAAUUAUUUUGUCCGCAAAGUCUGCCAGAGGACCAUCAGGGGAGAUGCAGCACCGAAGAGGUAAUUGAAUUUGAGGAUUUUUCCAACAGAGCGAUGUCUCCCUCCAUCUCCUCCCAGGCUUGAGUGUCAUGCAUUGCCCCGUGCGUUGUGCGGCAAAGGCAGGCUUUAAAUCACCCAAUAAUGGCCGUGGAGGAGCUAAGUACCUCUUACUUUUCAACAGGUGUGAUUUAAUAGCACUUGUUAAUCCAUACAUACACAGAGCUGCUCCAUUGUUUGUGUUGUCUUAAAGGUUUCCCUGAACAGAUGUUUCACAGAUUUUCUACAAGAGCUUCACUGUGAAAACAAUUAAGACUAAUAAAUCUAAACGAGACCAUUUACUGUCUUGUUCCACACUUAUGAGUUCAUCAUAGUCGUCCUUUAGAGGCUCUUUUAACUUUUUAGGUACAAACUCAGUCAUUUCCAUAAAAACCUAAUGAUAGAAAUGUGAAGGUCUCUGUGACUGGAGUAAUGAAUUGUAUGUUUGAUCUCCUCUGUUUUCAUUAAUCUUUCCCCUCAGAUGUCAGAUGUUGACGUCUCAGCCCGAGGUUAUACAGUAACAUUUUGUAAUGAGCUUUAAGAUCUGAGAAAAAGUAUGAUUAAAAAAUAUGUAUUUCUGUAAAGAUGAGUAUUUUAAACUCUGUGAGGCCUCCUGCUCUCGUUUGCUCCAGACAGAUUGACAACUUUGAAGCUGCAGUUAAAUUUGAAACCUGGCAUCUUCAAGGCUGAUUGGUUUCCAUUUGUAGUUCAGUCAGGAACAGAGACUUCUCCCCUUGGACCCCUUGUCUCUUCACCUCCUUUGUUAUCCUUUUAUCCCUUUUUUAUGUUGCUCCACAUUAUCUCCAUCUCACUUUCCGUCUUUUCUCUCAGUGAAUCUUACUCCGGCAUCUACCCUCUAUUAAGACACUUAAUAUAUUUAUUUCUCUUUCUUCAGCUUGGAAGUAGCUCUUAUCACAAAAUGAGUGGGUAUCAUAAUUGCUCCUUUUAUCCCACCUCGCCUCAGCCCACACACACACACUCACACUCACACACACGGACUCACACACAUGCAGACAUUUGUAAUCCCCGUUGCUGUGCUGUAACCCAUUUAGAUGCAACAUCUUGUCGUUGCCCUUCAGCUGCACAGACUCGCGGCUAAUGGCCACCAGGUUUUCUCAUUAGUUAAUUAUGUUUUUGUGAUAAAGUCUGCUGCUUUCUCUUAGCUGACCUGCUUUUAGGCUAAUGGUAACUGAUCACCUCUGUUCGCACAAAAUUGCCCUGUCUCUUUUGAACUUGUUGCUUUGUCAUAUGUCUGCCUGCAGUCUUCAUUCACAGGUCCUUACACACUGAGAACGACUCAAAUGUGAAAUUAUGAAAUAUUCAGAGGCGAAUUUUGACGCGCCUAUAUAUGACUAUACAUAUCAAGCGCGAUGCGAUUUUGCGACUUUCAGGGGGAAAAAUAGACGCGUCCCGGGUGUAAGCGAGAAGACUGACACAACAGCAGACUGACUGUUUUUCAGUUCUGAUUAGACACUAGUGUUGAGAUCUCUGUCUAUCAUGAUAGCAUGUACUGAGUCAAGGCCAGUAGGCUACCACAUAAACACAUUAAACUAUAAUCCAUAAACAUAAGGUACUGAGACCUAAUGGUGCUGUGACAGCAACACGAUUGAGUUAGAGACAGUGAAAAUACAUAUGGUAUGUUGUAUCUGAACAGGUUAGCUUACGAGCUAAAGUUACUUAGCUCAGAUGAAAGUUAAAACAAAGACGUUAAGCAAACUGUUAAAGCACACAAACCAUCGUCAUAUGAGAAAUCUGACGCUAUGACUCUCCACAAGUUGUUCUUCAGGUUGUUAUCUUUUUAAUUUUUGUGUUUUUUAUCGAAAAAUACUCUGUUCUUCGACAUGUAAACAAUCAGCCGGUCGGCCAUGUUGGAUAUGCCGGUGAAUCUGACGUCGCAACAACACAAAAGCUGAUCGGUCAGAAGUGGACACACAGUAUGCGAAACUUUAGAAAAUUCGACUAUGAUACAAAAAAAUAAAUGCCGCAAUAUUGCAGGAUGGGAAAACAUUGCUGAUGUGAAUGCUUGUUUUGACAGGAAAAGGGUUCGAAAAAAAUAUUGACGCAUCUUGUGUGUAAGGACCUUACAGAUGAGCUGGCGUUUGAACCUCCAUUCAGAUUUUGUGCAGCAUCCCGUUGUAUAACACUAGAGGCCGGAGAGAUUUCAAGAUAAGGUUAGCACCCACUGGUUUAUAUGUAAUCAUACUCUCACCAUAAGCUGCUGAAUGUAGUUUAUUUCUCAGCGUGUCACGUAAUUUCCAGUUCUGGAUGUGUGAGUGAUUCACCAGUCCAGAGGGAACACCUGCAGUAACGUCACACUGUCACAUACAUGAACAUCCUUCUUCCUCUUGAUCUGCUGAGAUCUGAUCAAUUUGUGCCAUUGCGUUGUCUUCUCCUUUUGUAUUGUCAAAGCAAAUUUAUAUUUCUUUGUUCUCUUCAGAACGACUCUGGUGUGAGUCAUUGCUUGUGCAUUGUUGAUUUUGUGGCUGCACAAAAGCACUGGUUUUCAAAAAAAGGCUCCAACAAUGACAGAGGGUGUCAAAUGAUUCAUGCCUUCUUUGGCUACUCUCCCCACUCUUUUUAAGUCUCAGAUGGUACCCAGCUCCGCACAGUCAGAAUCAGAUCCCUCUUCUUUAAACCCAAAGCUUUAUUGGUAAAAAGAUGUUGUUGUUGGGGUUGUUAUGUCCACCAGAGAACUCUUUAUUUAGCUAUUUCCCUUAGAGGACACCGUGUUUUCAGAGCACAUUGAGCUAUCUGUUGUGCCUUUUGUUUACAGCACGGUGACGCAUGACCUUGUGGUGUUAAAGCAAUAUUUAAAACAACACUCUGUCCACUUCAAACCUCAUGGCUCCAUCUGGUGUUUGUUAGAAAAUGAAUUGGGAUACUUUUUAGAAUAGCCUCUAUUAUACCACUCAAACUUAUUCAUACAGUCCAUGGCUGCAGUGGUCAAAAACCGCAAAAACCCAACAUUUCUUAUGCAUGAACACUGUACACAUGGAGAGUGUUUGAUACUUCUCAUAUGCACAUUUGUCAUUCCUCUGGAGCAGUCCCCUCUUUAGUUUGUGGCCGCUACCCCACCAGUAAAAGAGAUUAUGGAAAUAUAUCAAGAUUUAUUGCAUUAUUUCUGAAGGGAGUGCUAAAACUGUGAAAUUCACAGUGUCGUCUGCAUUGCAGCCCAGUUGGUACCAGUCAUAAUAGUCAGUGAAAAGAAGGGAAAAAAAAUCAAACUUAGGUAGAGAUUAAUUAUUCUAUAUGAUUCUUUACUCUUUAAUAGUGUUAAUAAUACUGAUUUAUAUGUGUGAUUCCCAGAGCUGUAUCCUCAUCAAGCCAAAGAAACAUAACUAAAUGUUUUUUUAAGUUGUUUGGGUGUUUAUCAAGAAAGGUCACCAUCUUUCUAGGAAGAGAGCGGAGGUAAAUAUAGGGGAAAAAAAAGGAGAUCGGAUCAAGAGUGAAAUGUUGCAUAAUAAAGAGGGCAGAAUGAAUCAGUAAGGUCAAACAGGUGUCAGAUUUAAAUGCCAUAAACUGAGGUUAAUUACCUGUUUCUAUUGACAUUCAAUGUUGAUUUCUUCACUGCUUGAAUAUGAAAGUCCUGAAUGCAGCAGUGUUGUUUGUAACAUUUCUGAAUUAACAUAUAUGCAUUAGUGUUAGUGGUCUUAUAUUUUCCCAAAUAUGCUUUUUACUCUUAAACCAGGAUUUAUACUGUGACUUUAUCCAGGGCAGUGAGGUACUUUUUGUUUGACAUGAUUAAAAACAAUCAUUUCCAAGAUUUCUGUCCAACCAACCGGCUAGGUUAAUGAUUUGAUUAUGAAUUUAUUUGUAUAGCGCAAUACUUACUAUUGACGGGUGAUAGUUGAGUAAUCUAAAUCAAAGAAAAGUAAGACAAGAAGUUGGAAAACAGCAUGGAUGGCGAGGGAUGUUACAGCCCAGAAAUAGAUGAGUAAAAGAGACAUCAGCCAAAAUUGAAGAAAACAGUCCAAACUGAUCCAAAGCAACCACAAACAACAACAACACUGUAUGGGCUUUUGUUAACGUAAAACAGUGCUUUCAGUAAGGGGGAAAUGCUAAUAGAGAAGUUAAGGGGAGGACUAGCUAACAUUAAAACUUAACAGCGAAUGAAAAUUUCAGGUUUAAUGUGAUUUAUAUCAGUACAGCUGGAUAAUGUUGAGAAUUUAGGAAUGUAAUAAAACUACCUUGACCAUGGAUAUAACCUCAGCCUUCAUCGAGUUAGAAUUAAUCUGCAAAAGAUGGUUGUAUGAUUUAAAAAUACUAAUUUCAUAAUCCCUCAAUGUUAAAAAAUACAGUUUUUUAAAGUCUCACACACUUGGUAAUCAGUGUUAAAUUCAAUGAACAAAUGAUCUCCAAAAAAAUGUAAACCAAUUCAUUUUGUUGCUCAACAAGGCUGAAUCUGAAUCUGCUGUUUUUCAGAGUUACUGAAAACAAUGGCUCCUGCCAAUUCAAUGGCUCCUGCUUAUUGUCAGUGUGUUGACUGUUGCAACAAGUUGUUGCAAAAGACAGAUUUGAGGUGACACUGUGGGGUGUUUUCUUUUUAUUCUCUUGUGGAAACCCCACACGUUUCUUUAUUUACAGAAAGUGGGUGAAAGUAGGAAGUAGUUUCAGUCUAACAUGCACCUUGAGCCGUUGCAUAACUAAAAAGUUACAUAAUAACCCGUAUAGCAGGACUCCUCACCACAGGUUAAACUGCGAAAUAAACUAGACCAUAAAACACUGCACAGAUCCCACAUCACUUUAACCCCGAGAUCCAUCCGAGUAAUGGAGCAUUCAGGUGAAACAACAAGCAAUCUGAGGGGGUUCGAGCCCUUUCCCCUCACAGCAUCAAGACGGCUCAGAGAUACAUCUGACCAGUUAAGGCUCCACUUUUAGAGCUUUUUAGUCCAUGUUGCAUCAGAGUGAAAAAUGGCUCAGGUAGAUGUGUUCAGCUUCUCUCAGCCAUGAUGUGAAGAGAGCAGUGGGAGGACGUGUAAAAAUGCAUAGCAACAGACUCUUUUUCUCCUCUUCCCUCUCUCUCUCUCUCUCUCUCUGCCUCUCACACGUACUCACACAGGCACAUUAACACAAACGCGCAGACAAAUAAAUACACGCCUGCAUGAAUAUAGCUCAAAUGAAGCACACAGGGCUCUGUGGAAUCAUAAUGGCCCCAUAUUAAAGAUCACACCCUCAGGCGAAUGAUGUAAAAGGCAUCGCAAAACAGGAAUCAGGCAGAGUUUGUGAAUCACACAGGGUCAUAGGCUCGGUCUGUAAACUGAAACCGCCGUGUUUAGGUGUGUGCAUGUGUGUGCGUCUGUCUCCAUUUCCGACCUAGCCACCCUGAAGACAGCUUAUUGCACCUCUGACCUACAUGUCAUCACAUCCAAUCAUGCCUGUCCGUCAGAUCAUUUUCACAGAAACACGGAGAAGACUUAUGAACACGGGAACACUCACACACACUCACGCACACACACACACAAAGGCAGUAUCCAUUUCCCUCUCGGAGAAGCAGGAUGAAGCCUGUGCAGUGGUGUGUGGAGUGCGAUUCGCCUGUUGAAACCCUGCAAUUCUAUUUCAGGCCAUCCCACACACAGUGGGAGAGAGAGGAGCAGAAAUGUGUCACCCUUUAAUUACAGCUUUUCAGGUCCUUGUAAAAAUUUUGUGCAUCUGUAGGUAAGAGAGGCCUACUUUGAAUUUCAGGAACACACCUCCAGCAAUUAGCACAUCACAGGGGCAUGAAAAAGUAGUGUUUAAGUGUGUGUGUAUGUGCGGGGUUUGAUUUCAGCAUUUUAGCGUAUGUGCUUGCACUUUUUAGGAUCCGCAGCUCCGGCACAUAAAAAUUAUGUCCUUCCAGCUUUUGACGACAACUCCGCAUGAGUAAUGCAGACGACCAGUUUGAGUGUUUGUUAUGUUCCCAAUUAUAUCACCGACAUUGUCACCUACUCUGAGAUUUUCCCGACGUGUUCUGCCAGCUGAACCGCCGAGCUUUAUUCCUAUAGGGUCAGCCCCCCUUUCAAUUAAUUUCUUGUUAGUCCUGAUCCAAAUAAGCUGCGGUAAGAAUUUAAUCCCCAUAAAUGGAUUAUGAGCUGAUUGGCGCUGCAAGAGAGCUGUUUGUUGCUGGAAUUAAGGCUUACAUAAUUCUGGAUUUGAUUGUGUGUUGACAGCCAAUUUGGACCAGAAAGUUUGCUCCUCUGUUUUUUUCUCCGUCUCUUCUUUUAAAUGCAAAACUACGGAUGAUUCCCAGCUUCAAGCAGAAGAUAAGAUCUGAACGUGUAUUUGCUGUUUUUGUACGAGCAUCCUUGAUCAUGAAUUUCCAAGCAGAAUUAGAAAGCACAAAAACUUGAACACACACACCCCUAAUUGUGUGCAUUAAAGAAAAUAGAUGGACGCCUGUUUUGGCUUUAAACAUACAUUACCAAAAUUAGAAAGUCCAUCAUCCAGGAUUCUGAACCACACACCAAAUCACAAAUCCCUCAUUUUCAAGCAUCCUUCUCUGUUGCUAUGCUGUUAUUGAGCUUUUUCCUCUCGUUUUUACAGCUAUAGAGCAAAUGUUACUUUAUGUACCAUGCAGUUUGAACCCAUGGUGACCAGCGCCUGAGCCAUUAUCCUGUAUUGAAGGUUGUGUGAGCUCCGGCACACCCAUUCCCCGCGGUGUGAAAUAAUUCUCCUGACGCCGGGGAAGAGGUUAUAGAGGCAGGAAGUCUAGAGAUCUGAAGGUGUGUGGUUGUGAGUGGUUUUAUGUGUGAGUGUGUGUAACCCUCUAUUAUUAAUCGAGAUAAGGUCAGCAGGGGAGGGGAAAGAGGCCAAGGGUUGACAUUUGGGGCUGUUGUGAGUCCAGUAGGGAGACUCACACAGUGGUUUUAGUGAAGAUGUAGGUUAGUGUUUCAUUCCUGCCCACAGCGCUUUGUUUUUAUUCUGCAAAUGUAUGAAAAUACUAGUGAGAGGACAUGACAGUGUGACUGAUUUUUAACAGGAAUAUUAUUUAUUUUUGAUAAUCCAGAUUUGUAACACCGGGUUUCUGUUUAUGUGAUGGAGUGGAUGGUGAACCACGCAGCUAUUGGAGAACAAAUGCAUGAGGUCCUUUACAAAAAAAACAUGACUGUCUUCAAAAGAUGAAGACCCAUCUACUGGACUUUACUGCCGAUCCAAAAACCAGUAAAAGAGCAGAGUUGAGACCAACUGGCAAACACUUCCCAUUUGCAAAACUAGCCACGCCCCCUUUUGGGUGAACGCAUUCCAUCCAAAUAUAAUAUCUGGCAUCCAUCACACACAGUUGUAAUACAAAGGUGAAACGUAUCGCUUCAAGUGCUGUUCACAGCGCUCUCAAGCAGUAGGAUCCUCAGGCUGCCUCUGUCAUCAAAGUCACAAAGGGGCAAUCACAGCAUUUUUCUACUCAAAUCUCAGAUAUUUCUCAUGAAAUGUUUGCUUGUUUCAAGAGAGCGAACACACUGCUUCUCAUCCGUGUGUAGGAGCUGUCAUGUCCUGUCAUUACUUUCAAUUUCUUAAUUUUAUGUCGUUGAUCUCCAAUCAAAAUAGCCAUGAUUAACAUUUUUUGACUUGGUGGUGAAUUAGUUUCGAGCUCUCAAUAUGACUUUAAUAAUAUGGUUAUUAAAAUUUAAGCUUUUAUGUCGCUAAAAACCUCAGACUUUCCAUUUUCAUUUACCACAAGUCAAUUCAGAUUUACUCUUUUCACUCAAAAGGGGGCGGGGCUGCAACCAAUAGUCACACAUGUUGGCUGCUGAUGAUAUCAACUCUCGUAUCUAAUUGGACAAUAGGAAGAUCCAUCAUAACAAAAAGGGAGAUUCAAGGAAGCAGGUACUAAAGUGGAAAUUCUAGUCAAUGUCAAGCAAGCGGCAACCUUCACAGCUGUGGUGAUGGCCAAUCUGAAGGCUUCUUCGGGCUACACUAGAGAUCGAUGGGUCACAUGUCUGAGACUGUGUCCAUAGUUUACACAGUCCACAGUGUCGAGGCAGGAGAAAAUGACUUAAUCAAAUGGUCAGUUAUUACAAUAUAAAACUCAAAACAUACAAACCAAAUCUGUCCAAUAAGAUCAAGAUAAAAUCUCGCAAAGCAACUAUAUGAAGAAUGGAAAAAAUGAAAUGUUCACUUCUGCGAUGUGAUGCUUGAAUCAUGACAUGCUCAGUCACUAGGGUCUAACUAAUUUCCCAUCAGGAAACCAUUUGAAGUGAAGAGGAUGAUGCUGGAUUUAAUCCAUCUGCUUUCCUGUAAAUUGAUCUAAUUCAUUGAUACUGUAAAUGAGUGCCAAGAUAAGCUAAUGAAUUAGUUCAGUCAUGUGACACUAAGCGGCAAGUUGAAUCCCUACAUCAUUUGAUAACACCAGAGUAUAGAAGUGGAUAUCUGAGCCUGCCAGCCUAAAACAUUUCUAAUCAGAUACAUUUCCAAAUCCUCUUGUUCCACUUCACAACAGCACGAGGGUUUUAUGUAGACACAAAAAGCACUCAGCAGAUCAUUAGCAUCUGAAGUGCUUUGAGAAUAUUGGAAUAUUACUGACACAAUUAGUCGUCAUAUUUGAUUGUUUUCUUCAUCAUGUUGUUGAGGAGGAACACACAGAGCAAUAAGCUGUUUUAACUCAGUCAGUAAAGAUAAAUAAAGCUGACCUUUUUUCACUGAUCAUGUCUUUAAUUCCUUUGUUUUGUGUUUUUUAAUUAUCAGCGAGUAUGUUUUGAUCAUCAGUACUGCUUUGGCAGUGGUCUAUCUAUAAAAGGCAGGACACAAUGGAUAAUAUCAGACAUAGACAUCAAAAAGCAUCUCCUUUGUCUCUAUCUGAGGGAUACUAAAACCUGCAGCCAGCUCAGAAAAUUAGCAUUUCAAAUUUCCAAUGAUUGACCUUUAUGGACUUUGUCACAUCGUGUAUUUGUCUCAGAAGAUUCUCCUGUCCUCAUGGGGGGCGACUUAUUGGACUAUUUGUCUUUUUACAGUUUUGUAAACGGAGUCUUGACGUAGAAUUUAUACAGUAAUCAGUAAUCAACCAUUAGGACACAUAUUGAACUUCUACUACACACACACACGAAGAGACAAAGACAAGCUAACAAAUCUUUCACAUUUUCCACAGUACUUUGGUUUUAAUAUUUCAACAGAUGUGCCAAUUCCUCGAGCAUGUGCCACUGUGGAGAGUUGUAAAGUGGAGCCAGUACUCACAGAGAAAAGAGGCUGACGUUAUCCUGAGUUACCUCUGAUUUUAGUUUGCUCACAGUGAGUAAAUAGUUUAACAGCACUCCGAAAUCCUGAACAAAUGUUUGCUACGGUGCUGCAGUCAAGUCCACAACAGGCAAAGGAUGAUUAAUGGCUGCAUGUUGGAAUAAAUAGUUUCACACGGUGUUUGUUUACGAUGAAAUAAUUGCCUACAUACAGCAGCGGGAUUAGCUGACAACCACGAACCUGUUGAGACAAUUAGUAAUCUCUUUUGUUUGGCUUUUGUGUAUUAGAGAGGAAACAGGAGUGAUUAAAUCGAGUUUAAGAUUCUGUUUUCCAGUUAAAGCCUCUAACAUUAAAGAGAUCCUUCAACCGUAUCUGUUGUACAAUGGUAAUAAACAAGAGCGUAUUUGUGGUUAUAGGGGGUUUACAGUUGAUUUUUAUGGGUAUUACCCUCGCUGUGGAGCCUUGGUCAGCCUCUAAGCUCCAGCCAAGCACCUCCUCUCAUGUCAGCUUUUACAUAAAUAAGAGCUUUUUCACUCCAUCACUCCCUCUCCUUCUCUUUCUCUCAUGCACACCCACACAGAGCCUGUCAGAGGCACAUGAGGAUGGGAGGAGGAAGGAGGGAGGUGGGUGAAGCAUGACACGUGAAAAAGGAAAAAGCGUUGCUCUUAACACUGCAUCUACAGCUCUCCAUCUUUUGUUUCUGGAUAUUUUUUCUCCUCUUUCUCGGUCUGUUUCUAGGUACUCUACGCAUAAAGGGGUAUUUUCACUCACUGAAAGCAGUGCUACUGUGAUUUUAUACGCACACCACCAUCUCUUUGUUCUCAAAAUUACCCAAUUACACAAGAACUUCUCUCCUCAGGCACAGAAAUGUUGAUUAAUCUCGGCUAAUUUAUGUGUAAAUUAAGACACUGCUAAUUGGAUCUAACGGAAGAAGCACAUUAUAGAAAAACUCAAUUCAGAUUCACUGAUGAUUUAUGAUCUGUAAACAUGAUAUGCCCAAAGCAUAUCCAUUAUAUAACUGCGCUGUGGUGUGUGGUGUGUGACAAGAAACACAUUUUAAGGGAGAUUUUUGAAAAAGAGAGAGAGAGAAAAAAAAACGUGCUUAAAAAGAGAAACACACAAACACAUCUCUCUCUGUUUGGUCUCUGUUGUAUCAUAGAAAAUCAUACAUUUCUUCAGACACAAGUGUAGUGUUGUUCAAGACUUUGCACACCAAUUGGUUGCCACGGCAACUUGCAGAGUUUUUCCAAGUGACCUAGAGUUGGCUGACUGCUGCCUCACUGAGGUACAGUGUGGAUGAGUUGUCUUUUUCUCUCUAUAUGCGAGCCCUUACAAGUGGAUAGAUCAGAAGCUGUUAUGUCGAAUAAUUACAUUUAAAGUGAGGAUAUAUCAAACUACACAUAUCACCCGAAAACAGCAGUUGAAUACAGAAACUAGAAUACAAAGUAGCUUCUUUUGAAAGAUUUGAAAAACCAUCUCUGCUCAGAGACAAAAAUGAAACAUAAUGAUGGACACAAAUGCUUGUUUUUCCCACUUAUAUAGGACUAGAGAUCUUGAAAGUACGAUUAUAGUCUGAGUAUCUCUAUUAUUAUGCACCUUUCCAUUUCACAUAACUCAUGAAUAUAACCACAUGACUAUUCUUAAGAAUUGCUGGUAUGUGUUGCUACCUUAGUUGGUUUUUUGACUCGAACUAUGCAACCCUUUAAAGCACAAAUAAUAUCUUUUACAACUUUUAUGUAGCUCAGUGUUUCAUUGAGGCGAUUUUGAUAGGCUGUGAAACGCACUACAAUGAACAGUGAAGCAUCUCUAUGAUGUGAAAAAGCCCAUGAGAUCAUCACUGACAGACUUACAUCUCUAUAUUGUAAUUUUAAUGCCUUAAGUGCUCUUAGGGGUUAUGUAUGCUAAAGAAACAGUCUUAGUUAUUUGGCCUGUAGCGAUUACUUAUGACGGCAUGAGGAUAUUAUUGGCCAUUAACACCACUUUCACAUGGAUGAGACAGAAUCAUCAAUAAUAUAAGGGCUACCACUUUGUCCACAGGGGUUACCAAAGUCAACACAGCAAAUAGUUCCCUUUAGGAGCUUGAGGUCACUUGCCAUCACUGUUACAUCACUUAGUUAUUAUGUAUAACCUUUACUUAGGCUUACUUAGUGCUGGGUGGUGACUCUGCAGGUAUACUGCAUCAAGUUUGCAGCAUGUGUGUGCGUCUUUUGGUCACCUGAAAUAGUGAUGCUGGUAAAUUACUGCAUCCUUAUAGGACUCACUGAAGUAAUCAGACACUGAGAUUUAGAAUUCAGCUCUUGUAUUAUAUGGAGAUAACCGCUGUAUAAUGAAGGAGUUUAAAUUGAUUGAAAAUUAAUCUGUAUCUUGAAGGUCCAUGAGCUUUAUAAAAAGGAAGGCAAAGCCUCUGGUUUAAAAAAUGGAAGCUAGGCAGAAAGCUAUGAAACUUUUGAUAUCUUUUAAACUUGAACUUGUUUGUGCCCUUUUCUGCAAAGAUAAAAAACUUUUUGCCUUAGACUGUCAAAAUAGCUUGCUUAAAGAAAUUGCACCCAAAACCAGCCAUUAUAGUAACAACAGUAAUUAAGAUUUCACUGGAGUUUAAAGGUUAAAUAUUGAAUUAAAAUGCAAAAGAGCAAGGACAGAUGUUCAGCAGAGGCGAGAGAGUCACUUUUUAUUUCAUCUGUUCACUCCUCUAAGGUGAUUUCACAGAUUAGUUUCUCUGAUCAUGAAUCAAUAUGUCUGACAGCCUUUAAUCAAUCUCCUGGUCCUUUAAGACUCAAGACUCUAAUUCAUGGUGUUUCCUCCUGACUAGAUCCUUGCUUGUGCUGUACUUACUUCUAGAUGUAUGUCACUUUACAUAAAAUUACAUUUACCACUUUCCAAACAUCUUUAAUGUGGCUGGAUCAUACAAGACAACACUAUCCUUCUCUUCCCAAACAUUAUCUCUCUUGAUUAUGAGUUGCCUAAAGUAUGCCUCCUCCAAGGAACAGAAGUUCACAACUCGGCUUUCCUCUCUCCUCAUGUUGCCGGGGAAGAACAGAGGAGUGUGUUAUGACUAACCAUAUCGGCCUAGCAAGUGUGUAUUACGUCAAAAAGUCACACACUCAUCAGCAGCCCUCUGUACCAGCUGAAUGUGCAUUCAGUCAGAAGUUUGGCUGUAAAGACUACUUAUUACGUUGGAACAGUUUGACACCAAAGCUGCGUCUUUGUUUAACAAUGCACAGUAGAGACUUACAGUACAUCUUAACAAGCAGGGUGUGAAGGGACCAUUAAUCGAAGCGCUGGUGCACAAAGCGGGGCUGUCAUUCCCUCCUCCUAACAGCGUGUGUGAAAAAUGAAUGUCACAUGCUUCACAGUCUUUCCAAUGCUGACAAAAAUAAAAUUAGUCUCACUUAUUUUUGAACUAAACAACAAACUGGCUGCUUAAUCAUUAUUAUUUCUAGUUUACUUCUUUCCUCCUUGUAAUAUCACACAAACUAUUGUAAGCUAGCAUGAAGUUAGCAUUCACAACACAACAGCUCCAGUCUUACCUAAAAAAAAAAAAAAGUGUACCCGUAAUUUCAUAGGGCGUCUUUAUAUUUGAUUUAUUCAAGGGGAUAUUAGGACACAAAAUGAAAUGUGAAAAAUGAAUUGAAAAAGCAAUUUUCAUACCUGGAGACAGAAGAUGAGAUAUCUGAGGUCAGAAGAAGCUUAGUGAAUUAUUUAGCCUGGCUUUGCAUAAGCAGUGGUAGCUUUAAAGCGACUACAAAGGUGCCUUCCAAUAUCUCUGAAGCUAAAAUCCCCCCGUUUUAAACCUGCCACUUUCUUCACAUUUAGAUAAGGAUGUUUUGAAGCAACUUAUUUACAAUUUGAAAUUAAAGUUCAGACUAACCAAUUAAUCCUAAAUAAAGAUUCAGGUCUAGAGGUUGGGCUGUGUGUGGCCAACAUUAGUCGUGCUUGCACCACCAGCCAUCAGUCCUCUGCGUAAGUUAACCUCCUGUGAUGGUGUUGCUCUGAUUGAGUGGUUAUGAUCUGACACAGUCUCCACCAAACUUUGAUCUAAGUCGUGCUUAACCUUAAUGCCACAAGAUGCUAUCUUGUCAUUUUGGUGGUAAUAAAGCAUUUUAGCAUCAUGGCAAGUUAUUCAGCCAGUUAUCUAGUAGCCGGUACAAAAUACAUUAACUGAGCAGUUAAAAAAUUCUGUUUUAGAAAGGUGUCUGAUUUACGGGUGUGAUGUAAAAUUAUGAUUACUUAGGGUGACCAUUUUCUGACUUCACAAAAAGAGGACAGGACUAUGCAGGGGCGUGGAGUCGCGCAAAGUUAAUUUGAGAGUUUUUCAGGUCGGAUCGAGUGUCUUUUAUGCGCUUCUAACUCAGUAAGACCACAUGACACAAAUUUGAAACUUACAUACAAAACCGUAAACGUUUGAAGGACAGAGUCAGACAGCCCCCAAAAAAGAGGACAUGGUAAAAGAGGACGUAUGGUCACCCUAGAUAACUGAACUUGAGACAUAUUAUCCCUGUAGUUCUUCUGAAUCCCUGUGGUACUUCAAGUUUGACUAAACCAACUUCUAUUUGCAAAUAAGCACCAACAUGCCAUGCCAAACCAUCACAACUACUUGAUGGAUGGACCGAUAGAAAGAAGAAGACAUUCUUAUGUAACCUAGAGAAAGGAAACAGAUUUGCCAGAAAUAUUUGUCGAAGAAAACAUCAACAGAGUGUUAGCACCAAAACAACCCUGGUAAUUAAAACAAAUACAAACCUCCCUAUGAGCCAAAGCGUCUUUUGCACCUGAUCUGCAUUCUUAUUGCCAAUGAAUGUCGCAUUUUAACUGGUGGCUAACUGGAGCAACAAGCUGCAGUCUUCCCAGCAGGUCUCCUUUCACUCAGCCUCCAAAAACUAAUGAAGAAUAGCCUCAGGCCAGGCUGGAGGCUCAAGGUUACAUACCUGUGAUCCAUCCACAAAAAGAAAUCAGCAGCACCCAUCUUAGAGAGAUAAACAGUACUCAGCUCUGCUGGAUGGAAGCUGACUCACUGGCUCAGUCUGUGGAAAUGUCUGCUGUUCCUUGGCCACAGCUUAAGCUCUGUUUUUCUGGUUCCUAAUCUGCUGUGGAGAUGGUGUUGCUGUCUGCAAAAUGCCCAGAAAGACCUGUCUCGUAGUUUGAGGAGAAAUCAUUUGGAGUCAGAAAUGUCAAAGUCUGUUCACACUUUCUCACCGAACAUCAUGCGGUGUUGUUUUUGUCAGUCGACUGCAGUAACCUUGAUACAUGACCUGCUGAUAGAGAAAAAAAACAUCCCAUCUGAUGCCUCUGUUUUUUUCUGCUGGAAUGACGACUUAAUAUUGAACAGACUGUACUCUCUGAUAAUACCACAACAACACAAUACAACUCAAUAACUACUAAUGAUUUUUUACAUACAUACAAGCUUCCAACAAUGUAAUAAUCCACAUUUAUUUCCUUCUGCUUUGCGUCAAUUAACUCUCAAAUCUCUCGACUCAUCAGCUUUCAAAAUAACAAGCUAUGACAAGUAAGCUCAUUCUUGCUCCUGUUGCUGGCUCACUAGAUAACAUAGUUGCUUGUAAAAUGAGUUGCAUUUCAUUUUCAUACUUAAGUGGUGGAGGCGAUACCUUGUGCUGUUAAUUAUUCAUGUGUCAGUAAUGUGCACAGCUGGUCCCCUCUCAAACAGCAAGAGGGAGGAGAAGACUGAAUUGAUCUCGACUCAGACAUUCGGGUAAAGCCAUGAAUGCAGAUAGAGUGCUGUCUGUCUGCUGAUAAUGAUGUCUAUGUGUUGCAUUAGUGGGAUGAUAUUGUGGUUGUAUACUAUCCCUGUUUUUCCACGGCUUAGAGGAUAUCCAACAAUUUGUUUUGGAGUGAAUGGAUUGCUUUUGUUUUGUACAGACAUUCAUUGUCCCCCUCACCUAACCCUAAACCCUGAUUUUUAUAUAAAUACAAGUAAAAAUAACUAUGAGGUCGGCAGUAAGUCAACGCAGACAUGAGCUCAGGUUGUGUCUGCAGUUGCUACCUCUAGCUGUGACAAGGGCGUUACAGCAUAUUAAUGCGUCAUCAUAUCCCAGGUGUCUCCAUCCCUGUGUGAAAUGUCUUUGCCACAUGUGUUGCUCGAUGUCAUUAACUUUUUCACUGCUUUGCUGAAAUAUUUACCUUACAACUGGAAGCACCCCAUAUGUUCGACAAAUCUCAGAAAUUGAGAACCAAUUAAAAGUUUGAAUCGCUUCUUCAUUCUUUCUGUAUCACAGCUUUUAUCAAAUCAGAUUUCUUGUCUUUUACAAACCCAAAUCACUGAUUGUUUUUACUGUGAAUUUGUGGCAUUUAUUUCCUACAGCUGUGGUCCACCUCCUCUAAAAAUAACUUCAGGUCUUUAAUUCUAACAAAAAUACUGCACUGUAAAAAGUGCAGUAACCAGGGUCAACAAAGGUUGAAAAGGGACCGACUACUUAUUGAGUUAUUUUGACCCAGAACGUUGGUUUAUUCAAAUUAACCCAAAUUUUGGGUUGACUCGAUAACUUAUUUUAAGGGUAACCCAAUCUUCGAGUUAAUUUGACUCGUGAUCUUGGGUUGAAUUGAUAAAUGCAUUUGGGAGCAUUGCUUUUACAACCUGUACCAUCUGAGCCAGUAUGGCUUUCAAUGGUACACACUCAUGUUUAUGAGGUAGACCAUAGCGCUAAGGGUCUUGCCUAAGGACCCACUCCUUACAGAUGUGUCUCAUGCGGGAUUCGGACCCUAACCCCCCGGUUGGGAACUGGAUGCUCUAUCUGCUGAGCUACCCCAGCCGCCCAAUACAUACUGGGGUAGCUACCCCAAUAUAUAAAAUCAAGGUCAAAGUUCACAAGGUUACCAGGUCACUUUAAUUGCCAUUAGGCCUAGAAACCAUGCAGAGUCAAUCGAACCCAAAGUUCUGACCCAAUUAUUGGGUUACUCUUAGAGAAAUAACCCAUAAUUAUUAACCCAUUCAAAUAACCCUCAAAUUGGGUUACAAUAGAAUCCAUAUGAUGGGGAUGGAUCUGAAAAAUAACCCAGAAAUUUAACUUAACACGUAAAACCCAGGAAUUGGGUUUAAUAAAUAACCCAAGUGUUUUUAGAGUGUGAGAGUCAAGGUUUGCCUUUCACACUGUCUUUCCUGUCUCCUCACCAGGAGUACCUGUGUCCACCGAAGCAGUUGUGUGUAGAGGAGCAUGUUGUGACAGCCAUGUCUCUGGAGAUGGAGAAGACCAUCACCAAGCUGAUGUAUGACUUCCAGAGGAACUCUACCUCUGAUGAUGACUCCGGAUGUGCCCUGGAGGAGUACGCUUGGGUACCUCCAGGCCUCAGCCCUGAGCAGGUAAACUAACAACACAAUCACUCUUCUAAAGCUGCUGGCGUUCACCUUACACAGUCACUAACACACUUUACACCUCCUCUUUAUCGAUUCAUUUACAAUGCUCUAUUUUUCGUUAAGCAUAGCUAGACCAUUUCAAAUUGAGUUGGAUUGGUCAGAAGAAUUGAAUUAUUUGGUUGAUAAAGUGUCUGUGAUGUUUUCCUAAUGAGCCUGAGGUGGAAAAUGAGCUGAUUUUCAAACAAAACAAGGGGAGGUUAUUGUUAUUAGAUGCCCUUCAUGGUAGGUUUGUCAUUCUGAGGUGGAGGGGGAGACAGGGGUGACACAGAUCAUUUAGACAUACCUGUCUGACACAGAGGAAGAACAAAGAGGAGCCACAAAUUGAUUUACUGGUUGUGUGGAAAUAAGUAAAUGUCCUUUAAAUCCCUCUUUUAUCACUUAAAUGCAGACAAGUCCUAUCUCACGUAAAGAAACAAGAAUUUAAACCUCAUCUCAAGUUGAUAACUAACACUUUCCUUAAGAAAAAACUGAGAGAAAGAGCCGAUCUGGGUGUUUGAGUGAGUCCAUGUAAUGAGGCAGUUUGUUUGACAGGCCUUAGUUUCUUCUGCAUGUUGUCGAACACUUGUAAAUCUAAAUCCAAAGGAACGAAAGUAAUUUGAGUCAGUGAAUCUAAUUGGAAAUGUGCUUUUACUCCCAGGUUUCCCUAUUGCCUGUCUGGACUCAUUUGCAGUUAAAGUGCCUUUUUAAUCGCAUGCAUGACCAAGCUAAUGUAAUUAAUUGUGCACAUCCAGAGACAGAUACGUCCUCGUCGUUUUUAGUUUUCCCUUUCCUUUGUUUUGCUCUUUUACCAUAAGAUAAACACAGCUCCCUUCAACUACACGGUAGAUUAACAAAAGGACUGUCUUUAUUUAGUAAGGGCAGCACUCUAAUACAACAGGCCUCCCAGGGUUCUGUUAACAGAUGACAGGCUGGGCUGAUAACAGUCAUUUUCUCCAUUCAACCAUCUUGACAGGAUGCUGAAAGAGGCUGCAGUGCCUCUAAUCUUACAGGGGGUGCGGGCAAUUCUAGCUUUUUUUUUUUUUUUUUUUUUAAUAUACUUGAAUGUGAUGAUCUUCAGGCCUGCCAUUUUGGGGUUUCUUUCUGCACAAUGUCAUUAAUGUGACAAACACUGACAACAUUUCAAGAAGCACACUUCAUCGAGUUGUCAGAUUUCAAAAACUACAUUUUGUGACAUAGGGUUAAUGUUUGUUGGAAUUGGCUUGUCAAGCCAUUUUUCCCCCCAAAUGUAGAAGAAAAAUGUUCUUGGUUGUGGUUGACUGACUGAACUGUGACACACUGACCACAUCUGACGUUCUUCUAUCUACAUGUGAUCAAAAAUGAGACUCUGACUGAUAGUUAAAACUUCUUUAUCCUACUCAACUAUGAAAAAAUACGAUGUGGUGUCCAUCCAAAUUUAUUCAGAGCAAGAAGGGAUGUGUUUUACCAAAUCAAACCAACCUCAGAUUAAGAAAGUUCUCCUGAUUCUGAUACAUAACUUUUCAUAACUUUACAUAACUUUAAAAGCUGCUGUGAGGAAUUUUCAGUUUGUGGUACACCCAAAAGCACACAGUGUUUUGUGUCUUUGCUGAUUUUAUUCCUUACUUUUGUUAGUAGUAUAACAAUUUUUUUUGUGUUUUUUUUGGUUGGUUGGUUGGUUGUUUUUUUGUCAACAAAAACCCCAUCCAACUUUCUUCUAACUCUGAGAAUUGUUUGUGAUGAAAACGUAUAAAAAGCUGUUUCUGCCGUAUGCCAGUAAUGACCGCCCUGACCCAGCAGCAGUGGAUUGGAUUCACACAUAAUUAUACACUCUAAAGAAAUCAUAGCUCUUGUCAAAAAGGGUCUCAUUUGCUUUGGGUAAACUGAGUUCAACAUUAAUUGUGGUCUGUUUUAUAAGCAUUUUGAAAUACUCUUUAAAUCGAGUUGAAAUCAAAAGUCAGUUUGCCUCAAAGUAAACCAGCUUUAUUUGAACAUAUGUUGGUUUUUAUUGUUUAAUCUAAAAGUACAGAUCUUGUUUACUAUUUUACUUCUAUUGUGCCAUAUUGUAUCAUCUCAAAGACACAUUUUCCCAUAGGGGGCAAAAAAAUGUAUCGCCACAUUUUACAUCAUAUUGUGUUGUUUUUCUGCUUUACUGUAUCAUAUCGUAUGGUGUUGUUAUCCACUAUUUCCCAUCUCAUUGUAUUAUGUUAUAUUGUAUCAUAUUGUACUGUACUGUAUUGUGUCACAUUGUACUAUAUCCAAUUUUAUCGUUAAAAAAUGGGUUGCAGGAUUUUUUUCAAUAAGCAAGAAACUAAUAACUGAAAAGUCCAUAAAAUACCCAUUAACAAAAAUAAGUGUUUGUUGCAGAUCAAUAUUUAUUUCCAGCAAUUCAGCCCAAUAUACUUAAAAAGCUAUUAAGGAAGAUAGUACAGUUUAGCUGUUUUUGCAGGAUGAUAGACAAAGAAAAACCCAGUUGUAAGGUAAUAUCCGCUCACAUUUCCAGCUCACUUCUGUCUUCCCAUGCUCUCCUAAGAUACUCAUGAAAAGUUCAUCUCCUGUAAUGGCCCUGACCUUGAAAACUGGCAUUAGGUUUGGUUUCUCUGUACUACAGAAUUAAACAUGUGGGUGGGUCAUAGAGCACUUAGAGAGACACAUUUCCUCUUCCUUCCACUCUCCACCCCACUGAUUAUGGAAAUUGGGUCUCAACAACUUGAACAGAAUAGAUCUUUACACCGCACUGAAAACAAGACCACUUUGAGUCAAAGGCUGUUUUGCCGAAAAUCACGCACAAGUGACAAGAUUGCUUUCUGUGAUUUGAGUGUUUACCAAUCAAGGUUUUCUUCUUUCCCCCCACUAGCAUGCAAAUACACAAGUAAGUUCAGGCCAUGGCUACAGAGUGCUACAGCUUCAUGAAUUCUAAUAUCUAUAUGAGUAUGAGGCACUGAGAUUUCCUCAAAGCACUGUGAAUAUUAGCUACUGAAAGUUUAAAGAACCUGCUACUGUGCAGGGAUGUGCCAGCAGCAACACAGAUCUCUUUGUAAAUCCUAGACACUAAUUUCCAAGGGCAGGGAUAUCGUCGGGUAGAGCAAUAACAAAUUGUAUUUGCAUAAGGACCAUGAUCAUUUAAUUCAAAAGUAAUUUCAAUCAAAUUAGGUGUGCCUGUCACCAUGAAUUAAUAAAUCACCGUCGCCUGAAGUAGCCAAAAACUUCUCUGACCCACACAAAUGCAAAUCUUGCCCUUGUGAGGUGCGCACAUAAACAACACGAAUGAAAGCUGAUGUUGCCUAACAUCUGCUGAAUAAAUCAAGAGUUAGAAAACACGUCAACUUCAUAUGUCCAUUCACGUCAAUGUUUUGAUUUGUAAAUACCUGAAGGCAGUAUCAAAACUUCCUAUCUUGAUGUUGUUUGUUGCAGGUGCAUCAGUAUUAUAACUCCCUACCUGAAGAGAAGGUCCCCUACAUAAACAGCCCUGGAGAGAAAUAUCGCAUCAAACAACUACUGCACCAGUUGCCACCACAUGACAAUGAGGUACAUUCUCAUUUAUACACACACAACCUCUCUGUGCCUAUAUAAAAUCCUCCAAUCAGGAAACAUCUUUAAAGACUUUUUUUAUAAAUCAUAAAGCACUUUGUGACGUCUUUUCUUCAAAUGUGCUGCAUAAAUAAACUUUGCUUAGCACUCACUCACUCAUGACGCUGCCUGAUAAUGUGUCCUUCAGGUACGUUAUUGUAAUGCGCUGGAUGAAGAGGAGAAACGAGAGCUUAUACUUUUCAGUAACCAACGCAAGAAGGACAAUUUGGGAAGAGGCAACGUCCGUCCUUUCCCUCUCACCAUCAAUGGGGCAAUUUGUGACAAGGUAAAAUCAGCAACCAUGCCUCCAUCCUCUCAUGUGCUCUUAUCCUCCAUUUCAAUCAUAGCAGAUAUCAGUGAACCUUUUUAGAAGUUUGAAGGCUCUAAAUUCUCUGUCCUAUUGGUAUAAAUCAGCUCAUUUUAAAAACUCUGCUUCGCUGCAUGAGAUCUUUGAUGUUUCAUCAGUUAGAUAAAUUAGAGAUAAAUAAGAAAACAUUAAAACUCUGGGAACAAAUAGUUUUUUCAGGGACCAUCUUCUUCUCUCCUUUUUUCUAUCAAGUGGUUUGUUUUCAUCUUUUUCUCUGAUUUUUCUUCUCACUGACAUUAUCCCUUUCACUUCCUGACAUCUAAUUUCUUUCUUUGCCUUUACCUCUCCCUUACCAUUUGUUUUUCCUCUUUUAUUUUCUCCUUUUCAUCUAUUUUUAUCCUUUCAUUUCACUUGCUUUCUUCCUUUUUUGCUUUUUCUUUCACACCCAUUUUGCCUUUCUUUCUCUUUGUUUUUACCCUUUCCUUUCCUAUCCUUCCCUUUCCAUUUCCUUCUCUUUAUCCCCAUCUGUUGUUCCUUUUCUUUUCUGUCUUCCUUUCCUAUUUAUUGCUCUCUCUUAUUUUGUCCUUUUUCCAUAUUUUUGUUGUUCCCUUUCUCAAUUCUUUUCAUUUUUUCCUGUCCUUCUAUGUUUCUUUGCUGUCCUCUUCUGACCUUUUCUUUUUUCCUUGAGUAACCUUUGCUUUUCUGAGUCAAUCUUUCCUCUCGGUGCCCUUUCUUCCCCUUCUCUUUCUUUCUUUUAUAUUUCCUUCCCUCUCCCCUUUCCUCUUUCUCUCCAACAGUGUGGUGGUCAAAUCAAUGGAGGAGACAUAGUGGUUUUUGCUGCCCGGGCAGGUCACGGUCAAUGCUGGCACCCAAACUGCUUUGUUUGCGGCAUGUGUGAAGAGCUGUUGGUGGAUCUGAUCUACUUCUACCAGGAUGGAAAGAUCUUCUGUGGCCGGCACCACGCUGAGAGGCUGAAGCCCCGCUGCUGUGCCUGUGAUGAGGUGCGCUUGUCUGGGCCUGGAGCCCUUCUGGGUUGGAAGCGGCUGAAUGGUUCAGAGCACAGAGGGUUGGACUUGGUUUAGACUGGUGUGGAGAGAAAAUAUGUUUCUUUUUUUCCAUGCCAUGUUUCAGAAAGUCUGCUUGUUAUCUAAUUAUUUUACGAGGCGAGCAUGUUGAGAUACCAAUUAUUACUACAGCCACCGUGUCGUGUUUCACAUGAGGUCUGCUAAGGUUUAAUUAUUUCAAGGACACAGUAAAACUUAAUUUUGUGAUGCCUGCUUCAUCUCUUAAGAUGAACCAAAUUAAAAAUUGAGAGAAAAGACCAAUGAGGUUUCACUGCCAAAACCUCACAAACAUGUAUUGACAUGUAUUUAGAAAGCUAUUAGUUUAUUAUAAGUAAUAAUAAUAAUGAUAAUGAUGCAUCAGAUUUCAUAAAGCGGUUUACAUUGGAUACAUCAUUCAUUCACUCACACAGUCACACCUUGGUGGUGGUAAACUGCCUCUCUGACCACCACCACACAACACUCACAAUCAUACACCAGUGGAGGACACACACUUGGAGCAAGGUGGGUUAAGUGUCUUGCCCAAGGACACAACAUUCAGACUUGGGAUAGAGGGGGAAUCAAACCGCCAACCUUCUGGUUAAUGGACGACCACGCUAAAUGUCUUAUGGUUACAUGAACAAUCACCAGUGUCCUAGAGAAACAUGAAAACGUAAUGAACCUCAAACGUCAUCUGUCAUUUAACAUUAACUGACGACCUCAAUUCAACUUCACGAAGUCUCUGAGUAUCCUUGUUGAUUAAUGUAACGCUUGGGUCACACAGAUAAUCUUUGCUGAUGAAUGCACCGAGGCAGAGGGCAGACACUGGCACAUGAAGCACUUCUGUUGCUACGAGUGUGAGACCACCCUAGGCGGCCAACGCUACAUCAUGAAGGAUGGACGGCCACACUGCUGCAACUGCUUCGAGUCUCUUUAUGCGGAGUACUGUGACGCAUGUGGAGAGCACAUAGGUACGGCGCAUCUCUCUUCUAGGUUUAUUAUUUCUGCAGAAGAUCCCUGAACAUACAUUAACCAAUACCGAAACACACUGACAUGUUUAAAAGCCAUUUAUUAUUAGUGUGGGUGUUAUCAGUGCUGUGUGUAUGUGUGUGUCACAGCUGUGGGGAGGCGGAGUCAGUGCAGUGAGAUGUGGAUGGUUAUUAUCAUUAAGAGCUCCAGUAACAGUCAAAGAGAGCGUUUCAGAAGAUGCUCCCUUGUUGUUUCCAGAUGGGGGCUGUGAAAGAUGAUUACUUUCCCUAGCUGGGGAGCAGGGUUGGUGAAAUAUAUUCACACUGUCUUACAAACUGAAUGAUCAAGCAAGGGUUUCUCUCCUUUAGGAGGGAAAAAAGGCUCUGUUUAUGCAUUUAUCACUUCAACAUUAAGGGUAUAUUUCACCAAAAUGAGCUUAACCUUCUCCCUAAUGGCUAAAAUCAAACUGCAGGUUGUGGUUUUUACUUGACAAGACUUAAUUAAAUACCACUUUUACAGUAGUGUUGGAGAUAGCUGCCAUCACAUUACCAUAAUUAGGCUGUUUAAGCUGGACCCCUUGUGUAUUUUAAUGAUUAUCAUGUUUCUGGUGCCUUAAAAAAUUAAUUUUCUGGGGCACCAGUUUGGCUUAGUAGUUGAGUUGCACACCCCACGAGCAGAGGUUGGAGUAUUAAGGCAGGCAGCAGAGGCUCCAUCCCUUCUUUCUCUCUCAUUUUCAUUUUUUUCCCUUCUCCCAAAGGUAUUGACCAAGGCCAGAUGACGUAUGACGGUCAGCACUGGCAUGCAACUGAGGAAUGUUUUUGCUGUGCCCACUGCAAGCGCUCCCUGUUGGGUCGCCCCUUCCUGCCAAAGCAGGGGCAGAUCUUCUGCUCACGAUCCUGCAGUGCCGGGCAGGUGGGUAACAAAAAACACCAAUAUUAUCUAAACUCUUCAGUUAAAAAGUGAGCAGUGAAACAAGAGUUAAACUAUCAUAAUAAUCUGUUUAAUUUUGAUUUAUCAGGAUCCAGAUGAGUCUGACUCCUCAGACUCUGCCUUCCAAAGCGCUCGCUCCCGUGAGUCCCGCCACAGCACCAAGAUCGGGAAAAAGGAGCGCAGAAAUGCUGAGCAGGAUCGGAGGAGUGGGGAGGUUCGCCAGUCAGCCCCACCACCUUUGCCUGACCGUCUAUCUGCCGAAAGUGACCCCCUGUCUGGACAGAUGGACCGUUUAAGCCUAUCCUCUAGCCAGACCCCAAGCAGGACACCUAACCGCACACCAAGUCGCACUCCAAGCCGCGCCCCAAGCCUUAACCAGGUGUGGAUGAGCCGGGAUGACCCAUAUGUCCCUGGUGCCUAUGAGGGCCCCCAGCAGGCACCCUCCCCAACUCCAGCACCUAUUCAUCUGCUGGGUCAGUGUAACCUCAGACAGGGCUAUAAUCCCAACGCAAACGCUCAUCUUCCUGCUCAGAAUCCUGCCAACCAAGUGAAGAGGCCAGAUUCCUGGGGGAAGGAGCAAGGCAACACCAAGAGGACCCCUAUGGCUGCCCUGAGGGGCCACUCCUUCAAUGAAAACUGGACCCACCUCAGCCAAGAUGAGUUCAGGCCUAAUAAGUUACGAACCCAGAUGAGCUUCAAUGAGCCUAGCCAGAGCCAGGGCUUCUCUGACAAGAGGAGCAUCAGCCUGCAUGGAUUCCAGAGGGACGGCAGACCUCCGCUGACCAGGAGGAACCCCAUCAAUGCCAUGAGCUUCAAUGAGCCCCUCACACCUCUAGAGCAGACUCCUCGAGGAUCCAUGGACUCCCUUACUAUGUCCAAUGCCACAGGUAAAGUCACCUAUAUGAUAAAGUAGAAUUGACAAUGAGAUGAUACCAAAUUAUACAAAAAUGUGACGUUUGAUUCAUUUUUUUAGCAGGUAACUCCUUAGAUGGUGGCAGCAAGAGGCAGGAGCAUUUGUCUCGGUUCUCCAUGCCCGACCUGAGCAAAGACUCAGGUGUGAAUGUAUCAGAAAAGAGCAACAUGGGCACCCUCAGCUCCUCGGUCCAGUGCCACAGCACAGAGUCGCUGUCCUCCUCUCGCCCCUUCAACAACAAUAUGUACACUCCUUUGAGGGUUGGCUACCCGCUGCAGUACUGGGAUGGCCAGCAGCCUCUGGGCUUUGAUGAUAAAGGUCGUGUUGGGGUGAUGGGCAGCAGCGGAAACCUGCGGAUGGCUCCCAUGAGCGACAGAAUGCCCCGCAGACGCAUUAACACACAAGAGUCCUUCUCACAGCAACAGCAACCACAACCAAGACGUCGCAAACACCACCGUGGAAACCACGGUAACGGGCAGCACCGCAGUGGCCGCCACCACAAACGCUCUCGCCGCUCCCGAUCUGACAAUGCCUUGCACCUUGUGGCAGACCGACCUGCUCAAAUGGUAGAGCUACCCUACCGCCGUGUCCAAGAGGAUUAUGAUCGCUUCCCCUCUGGUAAUGCUGCUCGUGAGUUUCUUGGUCUUGAGCUGGGAGGGUACAGGCAGCCGCCUCACCGGCCUUGCCCCCGCACCACUUCUGAUCUCACCCUGCAGAAUGCUGGCUGGCAGCCUGUGGGGCUUGGUGGGCCUUGCUGGGGUGAUGGCUACAAGGAGGCUGCUGACCCCUGGUGCUCCAGCUGCUCCUCUUCCUCUGAGUCAGAGGGAGAUGAGGGUUAUUUCCUGGGUGAACCUAUCCCCCGGCCAGUGCAGCUUUGCUACAUCAACAACGAGGAGCUGCGCCACCGCUACAGCCCCUCUGGGAUAGGUACUCAUCAUGGACCUCUGCACGGACCGAUUCACGGCCAGAUGCACAACCGCCAGAGGAGAAAGAGCAAAAACUGCAUUAUUUCCUAGAUUGAGAGCAAAGAGAUGGUUAGGGAUGAGCAGGAAAGUGACAGAGAUGAGAGAGAGAGGAAGAGAGAGAAGGAGACAGUUAAGGCAACAGAGAGGUGGAACAGAGGGGGUGGGAAGGUGAGAGUGAGACAGCUGACAGUGAGAGUGAAUAAAGAGUGUUUGUGUGUGUGUUUGUGUGUCAUUGUGUGUCAGUGUGUGUUGGGGUUGAAGAGAAAAGGCCUAUUUCUGUGCUUGUGAGCUUACACAACUCUACAUCGGGUAGUGUUUGUGUACACCUACACAGAAUGAUCUAAUCAUAAGAGGAAGCUCAGCUGGCUUACACAACAGAAAUGUUUACAAUGACAAAAAAACAACUCUUCUGAUGGUACCAGGAAGUACUGACGAAACCGACCGCUAAACACGCCGUGGUCAAGGAAAAUAACAAGAUUUACGUGCUUGUCUUUGCGUGUUUUCAUGUCACGGAGAGAUUGAAAAAUUCCUUUUCAGAUGGAAAAGGGAAAUCAAAACUGAUCAAACUGAAGUGAUUGGACUGGUCGUGCCGCGGCUCGGUGAUCCAAGCUCUGGGCGGUGAAACUUACUUUAUGUGGACAAACCAGAAAUUGUGUUGGGAUAGUGAAAGUUACGUGCUAGAUUCCAAGCUAUGUCAUUGUUUACCUCAGUGGAAUCCAAAUGCUGCUGGAAUAUAGUGUUGGCUCGCUAGCCCUGUUAUCACCUUGUACAAAUAGUCUGUUGAACUUUGUGCUCUACAUAGCCAGCUCUCUCCAUGCUUAACCAAGGACAGAGAGCCAGACAGCCUCUGCUCCUUGACCAUUCAGGCACAGUAACGUCAGGUAUGGUCCCGUUUUCUCUUCUGCAACAUGCUUUGUAUUUUAAGAGUUACUUAUAGAUGAUUAAGAAUAAUAAAAUAAUAGUGCAAACAAUAAUGAUAAUACAAUUGCAAAUAGUGAUUAUUAUAGUAUUAAAAAACAAUACCUGUUUAAUGUAUAUAUAAUAAUAAACUUAAUAAAAUAAUGGUUGUAGUAAUGUAAAUGUUCUGUACAUAUUGUCUUAAAUAUUUAUAUAUAUUUUGUAACUAAAGAAUCAUUAUUUGUAUAACAUAAUGUAGAGAUAGGGAGACUUGCAUGUUAAUUUGUUGUCGUUGUCUCAUACUGAAAAUAAAGUGUACUUCAUUGAACAACCAGGAAGUUGUCCCUUAAGGCUAUAUGAGGUUACACUAAAGGUAACAUACGUGUUGAAUCAGCUUGAGUGACACGUGAGCCCCAGACUGCACACAACUUCUGAGCCGGUUUUAAGUAUGUAGUGUGUUUGCAUAUGAAAAAAAAAAUUAAAAGGUACUUUUACAAAGUUUCCAUUAUUUUCCUAUUAUUAAAAUCCCCUUUUCAGGUCGACAUUUUGACAUGCCACAGCACGAAAGCACAGGUGAAUGAAGAAUGUCUUUGUUUGGGUUAAUGGCUCCAUGAAGCCAUGCCAGUGAGCCUGCACAAUAACAGGACUGUGGAACUGGCUCUUUGUAAAUGGACUGCAGCUAUUUUGAGUUUUUUUCAAUCACAUCUGUGAUUUUCCCGCCAUGACAUAUCAAAGUUGUCAUUCGUGAAGGUCGCCUGUGGUUCCUUUAACUCAAUGCACAAGGCAAACUGGCUGACUGGAGCAGGAACUGCUAACCACAGACUAAAUCGAGGACCACAAAGGAGUUCGUUUACUUUGUUUACUGGUCAAAAAUGAUUUAUUGAAGUAAUGGGGCUUCAAAAUGGGAGUAGAAUAACCAAACAUUUGGCCCAGUGGUUUGAUGGGAGCUCUCCGUGUUCAGGGUUUGCCAUAGAAGUUGUGCUUCUUAUUUUAACUUCAAUAAACACUUUUCUUUAUGUGUGCAUCUGC